AUGUCUUCUCGAGUCCGAGGUGUAUGGCCGAGAUUGAUGGGCGGAUCGGACGAGGCUGAGACGCCAUGCCGGUCCGACAAUGGUGGGCGGGAGAAACGCGAAAAAGCCUCACUCAUCCGAGCCAUCCCACCGGCCAUCGGCCAGACACCUCAAACUAUGAGGAGGUCAUGUGGAGAGUGCUUGGAGAGAGAGAGAGAGUCGGACCAAUGCGGACGAGUGGAGGGAUCGCUGCGGUUUGGACAAGACGACAAAACCACUUGGCCAGUGGACGACAAAGAAGAAGAGGAAGAAGAAGAGAAAAGUGAUGAACAAAGAGAAUAUUGGAAAAAGGUGUCUAAAGCGAAUGUACGAGAAUGUUAUCAAGACUGA